GUCGCAAGUGAAUCGUCUGUAGUUGCAAAUAUUUUCCCACAAGCAAGGUACGAACGUGUAAAACGAAUAUAAUUGAUUGUAAAUCUACUUGUAAUAUUAUAUUCGUGCAAAUAAUUUACAACUGCAAAAAGUGAUAACUGAAAUUUGAAACGAAAUUGCGUUUGUUAACAAAAAGUGUUUAGUAUUAACUCUUUUUGUGAGAUCGAAAAAGCAGCUUUUAUAAUAAAGCGUAUUCGUAAAGCAGCUGCUUUAAAAGCAGUGAAAAUUGCCCGUCAAAUAAUUCUAGCUCACAGAUUGCAAUAAUUUUUGUAAUUGUUAAUAGAAAUUAACAUUUAAUGUUUUGGAAAAAGUUUACUUCGCCAAACAAUACGUAGUAUAAUAAAUAUAAGUGCUCUUUUAUUGAUACCGUUCUGUGCUUAACCUUAGUGCUCCUUAAAUGUUUUUAUCAAUGUCUUAUAAAAUCGAACCUAUACCUAACGGAGAAACCUUGAUUGGUGAAGGUCCACACUGGGAUAUUGACACACAAAGUCUUUACUUUGUCGAUAUCGAUGUUGCUCGAUUACUACGUUAUGAUUACAAAGAGAACAAAACGUACAGCGCCGUGCUAGAGGGUGAAGAAUAUGCCUCUUUUAUUAUACCAAUCGAAGGCGAGAGCGGCAAAUUCGUAGUGGGCUGCAGCCGUCGUGUAGUUGUCGUAGCUUGGGAUGGUGUAGCACCAAAAGCCAAAGUGGUGCGCGUUGUACGAGAAGUGCAAACAGACUUUGCUUUGAAUCGUUUGAAUGAUGGUAAAGCUGAUCCACGUGGUCGUCUUGUGGCUGGUACCAUGUAUAAUAAUCCAAAGGAUAUGUUUUCGAAACGUGAGGGUGAAUUGUAUAGUUUCGAGAAAGGUAAACCGGUGGCGUUAAUCAAGUCUGAUGUUGGCGUCUCGAAUGGUUUGACAUGGAACGAAAAGACAAAGAAAUUCUACUUUAUCGAUUCACUUGACUACAAUGUCAAGGAAUACGAUUAUAAUUUAGACACAGGCGUGGCAAGUAACCCAAGAGUGGUCUUUCAACACAGCUCAUAUUUCCCUGAUGGCAUGACUAUUGACACUGAUGGCAAUAUUUAUAUUGCUACUUUUACCGGAGCCACGAUUUUUAAGGUGAAACCAAGCACCGCCGAGGUUCUAUUGGAAAUCCAAAUGCCCUGCAAACAAAUCACUUCAGUUGCUUUUGGUGGCCCAAAUUUGGAUAUCUUGUACGUAACGACCUCUAAACUGAAUGAUCAGCCACCACCAGCUGGUAAUACCUACAAGGUGACCGGUUUGGGUGUGAAAGGUUUGCCGAUGACUAAAGUACAAUUGUAAGAGCCACAAUAAUCACACAAGCUAAUUGUUAUCUCGCCGGCAAAGUCUUUGUUAUACUUUGGAUUAAUUUUGAUAAGAAAUAUAUAAGCAUAUAUAAAAAAAAUCACUACUAA